UUGCCGGGCUCCCGCUUGCCUUGCGAACUUCGCUGCCUUCAGUUAUGGGCCGGGAAUGACGUGGUGAGGUUGUUUCACUUCUCCGACUACCGGUACUGUGUCUCGUGUCCGUGCUGGAUUUUAGUGUCACUGCCUUACAAUCUGUGGAAUACAUUAAGAUCAUUGAUAAGAACAAGGACUGGAUCUUUGAAGUAAGUGGUGGAAGCCAGAGUCUGCAGCCACACGAUGACAAAGAUGCGCAACUAAAGACGGAGGUGUGAAAAAAAGGGCAUAAUUAUCGUCAUUAUCGCUCUAUGUCCCGCUAAUUGUGUGAAGAGGCGAGAAGAGAAAGAGUCAAGGGACAUUAUUACUCCAUAGAGGGAGAGCCAGAAGAGCAGCAGCUAGUAGUCUUCGAAAGGCACAACCAGCUGUACAAGCGAAAUGUGAUCCGUGCCCACGAAAUUCGAGCCCAUUCAACAAGGGAAUACCAUUGAUCUUCAGUGACGCGCCUUUUUUCCCUCCUCGUUGCUUUUUUCACGAAAGAGAUUAGCUUGUCUCUUAGUUACCAGCAAGGGUAUUGAGAAAAGGGAACCGCACGCCCCUCCGAAGUGGCAGUUCAUUGUAUCUAGGUAGUCUUGAGGAGUGGUGGUUUCAGGUCGGUUUAGCGCUCAGUGGUGAUUCUCAGUCGCGAAGUACCAGAUUUUCAAUUCUGGGGCAGAGUGAAAAUACCGUCAGAAAUACCCGAAAUUUCCCCAACUAGUUGCUGUUUGCGUGUGAAGUUUUAGAAAAGUGUUUUGGAAUAUUGAUUUCAAAUUUGAGAUCACUUUCCAGGAGUCACAUAGAGAACUGUUAAAUGGAAAAUAAUUAAAGUCGAUUGAAUAUAUUCAUCAAAUUCCGUAAGUGUAGUGAUUGCUGUGAAGUGUUCCCUCGUCGAUAACUACUACUACGUUGAGAUUGUUAACUAAUUGUGGAUAUCGGUCUAAAGGAGAAGUCAUCGCUUCCAUCGACGCCUCUUGUUUACAUUCUAAGAUAACCGAAAGGGCGAUUCUAUCAAGAUGGGUGACGGUAGCAGCUCUCGCCCUCUGAAAAUCACGGUGGUUGGGGACGGCACAGUUGGAAAAACCUGCCUCCUUAUAUCCUACACAUCCGGGGAAUUCCCAGGGGAAUAUGUACCAACUGUGUUCGAUAACUACGCGGGCACUCAUUCAGUAGAAGGAAGAUCAUAUUCUUUAACUCUCUGGGACACAGCUGGCCAGGAGGAAUACGAAAGGUUACGUCCACUUUCAUAUCCAGGAACCCAUGUUUUCAUAGUUUGCUUUGCUUUGGAUAAUCGUGCAAGCUUUGAGAAUGUCUCUUCAAAAUGGCUUCCAGAAUUAAAACAGCACUGUCCAAAGGCAUCAAUAAUACUUGUUGGUACAAAAAAGGAUGUAAGAAAUACAACUGUUUUGACUCAGAAAGAUGGGAAGAAGCUCUGUAAACGAUAUAGUCUUGCAAAAUAUGUUGAAUGCUCUGCCAAAACCAGUGAAGGUGUGCAAGAUGUCUUCACCUUUGCUACAAUGGCUGCCAUUGGAUUAACUCCAAAACCACGACAGUGCACCAUUAUGUAGUAUUCAACAAUGCAUCUACUCUUGGAAUGGGAAUCAAAUCUUGAAAAUUGGUUUUUAUUUUUGUCAUUAAAUUGCUGUGAAACUCCUUAUUUAUGUGUUAUGUAUAUUUUAUGAUAUUACUUAUAACCAUAAACAACAGAAAGCACUGUAGCAUAUGUAAAUAGUUCAUCUCAAGAAGUCAUUUGAAAUGCAUGGCGUCACCUAGAUUUAUUUGCAUUCCAGAUGAGCUUAUGUAUAGAUUUCACACCACUUUCAGGUUCUUUGGUUUUAUGCUUGUCAGUCAAUUGACCAUAAUAAAAUGAGUCGGUCUAAUAAUCUUGCGUAGUAAGGAUUUUCAAGGAGGUGCAGUGAUGAAAUUUUGAAAAUCUCAGCGGAAUUACAAUGUAAUGGUGCAGUACAACUGGAGUGCAUCGUGUUAAAAUGUGAUGAUAGUUUGAGUACACUUUUGGACUAAACUCAUUACUUGAUUUAAUAAUAUUCAAGUUUUAUAGCAAUUUUAGCUAUGGACAAUUUAUGGGUUUAGUCUAACUUUUAAGAGAAUAUUUUUGUUAUUAAAGUUUUGGUCAUCAGACAUGGUCGUACUGAUGAAGACUUGGUUAAUGAUUAUUCAGAAUUUGGUAUUGCUGUGUAAACCAUGGAUAUUUUCAAUAUAUAUGUUCAUAUUUGCAAAGUAUGCAGGAUCAUCUUUAAUGUAAGCUUUUAAUUUUGAUUGUAAAUAUGGAGAAGCUUUAGGGAAAGUAUAUUAUUAAUGGUAUAAUGCACAAACAUUAGAUGGUAGCAACUGCUUCUAUAAUUGUAAAUAUCUGGAGAAGAGUAUUUUUAUGAUGUUGAAAACAUUCUGUUUAGAUGCAAUUACUAAAAGAAUUUUGCAUAAUGGCACAUUUUGAUUACUGCUCAUGCAGGCAAAUGCUUUUUUGUGAAAUACUGUUAACCAUAUAUUAUUACCCCUUUUUAGUGAAGUUUUACUGUAUUUACAGAACAUGUUUUUCAGAGGCCACACAAAGAGUACCAGUAACAAAUUUAAUAUUAGGUGCUUCCAUCAAUGAAAUUGACUGAAGAAAGUACUAUCCAAAUCCAUUUGGAGCUUCCAAUUUUAAUUUCUAGAAUGGUUCUAUAAAACUUACAGAAAAAUGUGGGCGAGUGAAUAUGAAGCAUGAAGAAAACAACAACUUUCACAGAAAAGUAUUUUCACACGAUAUUGUUUAACAGUGAAGUAAAUCCAAUGAUGCAUACCAGGACUUUCGACUAUUCUGCAAUUUAUACAUAAGGAUAACGUAAAUCUUGAUUUCCUGUUUGAAGCAUUGUCAAUUCUGGUCAGGUGUUUAGCAGUAUUAGUACCAUGAUACUGGAGGGCCAUAAAAAAUUUGCAGUUUGAAAUCGAAGAGAUAUUUCCUUCAGGUUUAAUUUUUUAAAAUUCCAGUCUUCUUGAAAUGAAACAAAUUUUAUCAGAAUGAUGAAGUGUGGUUGUACUUUCAACUGUUCAGAACUUGCUUGAAUGUUGCAAAAAUUUUAGAUUUGUUUGGUGAAAUUUUAAUUUUGUCUCGGCACAUUUUGGGGUUUAUGUAUUAUGUAUGAAAAUUUGCCAAACUGUUUAACAAAUUGGUUAAAAUAUCAGAACAGGUCAGUCUGCAAGAAGUACUUUUGACAGUCGAGUCACUGUUCUAAAAUUAGUUGAGAAUGGGAGCAAGGUAAAGCUAUAGAAGUUGUGGAAAGCAAAGCAAAUAGGUCCAAAGUGGUUCUGCAGAGAUUCUCUAGCAUUUUGUAGUGUUCUGUGCUCUGUAUAUGAUGGUAAACCCAUGUUCUGUUUUGUUUACUUUUUAGAUCAAGUGUUUCAAGUCAUGGGCACCUGCAGCAUAUUUUCCAAGGGGGUGGGACAGAUCUUAAUACAUACAUAGAUAGUUUCCAAUAUCAAGCAGACAAAACACUUUUGACCCUUUGAACUAGCAGGUUAAUUCCAAAUACCAGGGUCAGUGCUUGAGAUGAAUGACACCCCAGGGUAUGUAUGCUCGGCGUACAUCAUGAUAAAAUCAAUUUGAACAAAACUGAUAUCAUGGAAAAGGUAGUUGAAAAGUUUGGUAGUAACCACAGGUUACAGUUCCUCUUCAAAUGAACAGUAUAUUCUUUCAGUUUAAGUAAGUUAUCCUUAUUAUACUGUAUAAUUAUAUUUAUAUGUAUAUAUACAUUAUAUAUAUGUAUGUAUACAUUAUGUAUGUAUGUAUGUAUAUUAUACAUAGAUACAUAAUUGACUUAUGUAAACUGAAAGAAUAUGCAACAAAUUGGAAGAAAAACAAAGUGAUGUUAAAUGUAUACUAUAUAAUAAACAAUUCUCAUUUAAAAAGAUUACUGUGGACCCCCCCCCCCCCCCCCCCCCGUAUUCGUGUUCUUGAGAUUUGUGGAUUUCUCUAUGGACUAUAUUUACCCAUUAUUUGUGGGAAAUUUGCAUAUUCAUGGUAUUUUUUCUAUGAGAAAUAUCCUCGAAUUGCUGUAUUUUCAUCAUAUCAAUUUUAUGAUUAAAUGCACUUUUUUGUGAUAAAACUGUUAAAAUAACCAGCCAUUUUUACUGGGUUUUUCUCAAGUCUGAGCUAACAAAAUAGGCAGUUCUUAGCAUUUUUAUAGGAGUUCUAAGUAUUUGCGGAUUCUAGCUAUUUGUAGGGAUAUCUGGAACGUAUCCCCUGUGAAUAUGGGGGUUCACUGUACCUUUGUAAAUUUAAAUCAGGAAAAAUUGUUAAAAAAUGGGGAACAAAACUGGGAUAAACCAGUAAUGGUUUCUUAUUUAGAAAUCAUACCUUCAUCCAUUCAACAUCACUGCCUUUUAUGGUGAAUGGGGCAAAUCCUACUCGCAUGCUGUAUGAUACCACUUUCUCUGUGCCUAUGGUUUAGACAUCUUUUUGUGCUCUGAUUAACUUUCAAGUAGGUAUGUAUGGUGUUUAUUCUCCUUUACCUCACUGGUGGGGUGGGGGAGGUUUUCGCAUGCAGGGGUAAGUGGCCAGCAUGUGCUACCUGACAAUUUCUGACCCAGGUGCAGGUGUCACUCUUCUUAGGCGAUACCCCAACAUUGUUGACAGCUUUACUAGAGUACUGACAGACACUUCCAACCUUUGGUAUUUUGAGUGACCUGUCUUACACUGCUCUUUCUGUUAUAGAAUUCCUUAGUGUUGAGCUUCCUGUACCAUUCAUCUUUCCUAUGGAGUGUAGCCAAGGAAUAAAGACUUGUUUGUUUGUAUGGUGUUUUUAUGUUGCAUGGAACCAGUGGUUUUUCAGCAACGGGACCAAUGGCUUUAUGCGACUUCUGAACCGAACCAUGUCGAGAGAACUUCUAUCAGCAGAAAUACACAUCUCUCACACCUCGGUGGAAUGCCCGAGAAUGGGACUCGUGGUUAACGAGGAGUCACGCCAACACCAUUCCAACCACGCCACUGAGCCGCUCAGAGUAAAGGCUUGAGGACAGAGGAAGAUGAACUGCAAGAGCAUAUCUUUCCCACCAUUGAUACCCCAAAGGACAUUUUGCAGUAUGCACAUACGGACAACCUCUCUCCUGGAGAAACUUAAAGAAUUUUCUUCCUUCUCAGUUAGAAGCCAUGUCCUUCCAGGGAGAAUCGUGGUUCAACGCUUACUGACUUUUUUGUCACUUGACUCUCCUCUGCAGAUGAGAAGGUUAAGUUCCUGAGGUGGUUGGUGUCAGGAGGGAAGGCAUUAAUUUCCCUUUUGGACUGAAGUGCAACCUAUGAGCAAACUUUUUCUUGAUGUCUUGUCUAUGCUCUUCUGACAAGUUUCAGCUAUAGCGUAAAAAAUUUAAGAAGAGCGACUAGCCAUUUUCUUCGGACAAUAUGCUGUUGCCAUGUCUACCUCAUCCUUGAAAUCCAACCCGUAUCAAGAGAAGCCCUUUUCCUUUGGGAAUAUUCAAAUCCAUUUUUAAAAUUGCUAUGAAACUCAGGUUUAACCUUCUUUCUUCACAUUUUGAUAUUGUUUAUUUGUUACUGUACUUGUAUUCUGAGUUUGCUCAUAAUGGAUUUUUUAAUAUAGUAUGUAGAUAUAUAAUGUAUAUAAAAUUCAGAGUAUGUGAAAGCAUGAGAAAGAAUGCAACAGCUAUUAGACCCAUAAUAUUUCCAUUUGAUGUGCCUAUUAAUUUUGAAACUUUUUAUUUUAUUUUAUAAACAAUUUUCUUUUUUACAUCAUGUAUUUGCAUUAUUAUUGCUUUUCCUUUCUUGGUGAGAAGUCAACUGAGGGAUGGAGACUUGUUAAUAUCCUUGUCUGUUGAAGAAGUUUUGUGCAACAUUCUGAGAUUGUAAGAUGGCCACUUUGUUGAGUUCGGCGACAAUGUUGGUGAUGCUGGCAUGUAAGUGGGCUCUCAACUAUUGAGCUGUCUGCCUCAGACAUUGUAUGUCUAGGAGGAAUAAUUUGGUGGACCAGGUAGGGUGGUUAGUUGGGACAGUUGGGUUCCUAUCUUCUUGUGCAGAGGAAGGCCUCAUGAGAUUUUGAGAACUCCAAGGGAUCAAUUCGUUUGCCACAAGGUUUACGUGAAAUUGCUGGUAUAGUAUUUUGUUCCCCUGUUCCAGUGUCCAGGCCAAAUGCCUUCCAGCAGCUCCUGGCCCAUCUGAGUGUAUUUUUUUUUUCCCCUCCUAUCGGUCUGAUUCACCUUCAUUUCUUUUCCUAUCAGUCUGAUUCACCAAGUGAUCAACCAAGUGUUUGUCACUCCAAAUACUUGCUCCUUUUUGCUCUGUUAUUCUGUUCUGCUAGUUCUUCUGGUUGAGGUGUCCAGAGGUUUCCCUUUUGACCCACUCUUCUAUGAUAUCCACGUUUUGAGGUAGCCUCAACUAUACGAACCAGGGAAUGGACAUCUCUUGUUGCUAUUGUAGAUGGUUCUCUUUCCAAUUGGACUUCUCCAAAUCUUCCAGACUUGCUUGUCGUCUUCGUUGAGAUAAGCUCCUCUGUUAUUGCAGUGAAAUCUAUUGUUCUGACUUGAGCUAGGUCUUUUGACUGAAAGGUUUGGACCUCACUUCCUCAGUAGAGUUACUCAUGCCUCUCACUCACUGUUGCUUUUGUAGUGUUUUACCUUCCAGACUUGUUUUGAGAUUCUCAUCUAUUGACAGAUUGCAUCACCUCUUUUAUCUUGCCUAGCUGUCAGAGGUCUGGAGAUUCUUCUCCUCUGAGAAUUUGUUAAUGGGAAGUAAGGUGAGAUACUUUUGUGCCCAGUGCAAAAGGCAUGCAGUGCAAUCUAAUGAAAGAACCUGACAUCUUAGGCCUAAGGUUCAGGGUUUCUUCGUAAUACUGUCAGACAUCUAAGGUGGUGUCUAAGAGUACCUUUUCAUUCUGGCUUAAGUGAGACAAUCAACCAAAUGUUUUGUCCUGCAAAAAGGAUUAUCAUUCAGUUUUGGUAAAAGAUCACAAAUCUGGGGCAUUUGUCCAUCCCUAGCCAUUUGGAGAAAAAUUUGGGGUUCACAGGUAAUGAGGGCAGAUGUCCAGUGGCACCCGACUGCCUUCACUUCAUUUUACCUGAGGGACAUGGCCCCCCAAAAAACCAGGUCAUCUAUGAUACUCAAAUGGCAUAAUGUUGGAGGCUAAAUAGGGAUGACUUGAAAGCUUAGCAUUUUCAGAUGGAGAUUCAACUGGCGAUCGAGUUUAUUGACUAUCUUUGCAUCUAAGGAGUGAGUCUCCUACAUAUAAAAGAAUAUAGUUUGCCAUAGAAACAAAUACCAAGUUUUCAAGUUAUUGUAUUUUUGUAGGUAUGAAACUUGGAGCUUUCUAUAAUAACCCUCUCUCAGCCACACCCUUCGUAGCUCGAUGCUCAAGUAAAAAGUGCCGGCUUACAGCAGGCAGUGGGAGUUACCCAGCUCACCUGCCUACCUCCAAUUACUGCAUAACUAAUGGAAAUGGUUAUUUAAAUUUGAUUUAUUGGAAAUGGUUAUUUAAAUUCGAUUACCUUAACGAAUUUAAACCACCAUUUCCAGCUCACUGUGAAGAAGACUACUUAAAAAGGCUGGUGUGCAUAACUUAAGAAAAAUACUAAUUACUUGAAGCAUUUGUUGCAUCAAGAUACUGCUACAUGUCAGAAAAAGCCUUUAUUUAUUUAGUAACAAUUAUAUAUUUUAAAUGUAUUUUGUGUGGCUGGUUAUUUACAUUUCAUGGUCUAAUCUGUAAUGCAUGUGAAGUCUAAUAUAGUAUUUACUUCACAUAUGAAGUUCUUAAAAGGGGUAAUCCAUAAGCCUAUCAUCAUUCCUCAGCAACUUGACAAGGUUGCUGGAAAAAUGUAUAAUGGUUUAAUAAUUACUGUUUCAGUAAAUGUUAUACUUUAGUGUAUUUUAAUGUUGUGUCGGCAUUUCGUUUACAAUUUUUUUUCUUCAAAUUUUCCCCUUGUAACUAGUCUGCCGUUCCUGGAAUUCACAGUAUGUAGUUAUUGAAACAAAAGUCACUGUACUGUCUAAAUUUGCAAAAUGAAUUAUAGUACCCUCAGAAGAUUUAUUAAAGCUUUUAAUUUUUUUUUUCUACCAUCAUAUUGUCUGAAUUUGCUUCAGGAAUGAUAGUACCCAGGAAGAUUGAUUACAGCUUUCAAAUCUUAUUUUCUAUUAAUAAUGUAAAAAAGAAAAAAAGUGAAACACAACAGUGCCUUAAGGUGUAUGUAUAUAAUAGUGUGAUUAUUUGGUAAAAAGUGUGAUUAUUUGGUAAAAAUGUUAAAAUAUCAGAAGAAUAACUGAUAUAAUGAAAAUCAGGACUUUAAGGUACUCAUUCAUGAAUGACUGAAGAAAUAUUAUGCAUGAUAACCCUAUACCAACAACAAUAUGUUGAAUAUGACAUGAGAAUUUAUAGAUAAUUUGUAAACUGGUUAGGCAUCGUUAUACUUUAUUAAGUAGUGGACAAGUGUUUGUCACAACAGACCUGUUGUAAUAAAGUAAGAAAUAAGCUCUUGUUAAGAACCUUGUACAAGCGCUUCAUUAAAAUGUCUUUCUUA